AUGGCAACCAAAAUGUGUUUAAUAAGGAGGCAUCUUAUAAGAAGUUUUAUGUUUAAUUCAAUCAGAAAAGAUACCUACCAUUGGAUCACCAAAUCCCAAAGGAUAACAUUUAUAAUGUGGAAUACCAUGACGAAAAAAAAAAGUCAAUUUAAUGAAGCAAACAUGAAGAAACAGCCUAAAGAUACUUUCCAAGAACCAGAUCUCGAAAAUAAUAUGGUUCCUAUGAAUGAUAAAGAAAAAGCCAAUUCGAUGAAAAUUCCCGAGAAAGAAGUCCAAGUUCUGAUUAUCUGCAGCAUAAUUUCCUUUGGUCUUUCGUGGGGCAUGGCAUUGAACUUUAUUAUCGAUGUGUAUUUUUAUUCAGCUAAAGUACAAUAUGCAUUCGGAAACAGUGUUCAACUAGCUCUGAUAGCAGCUUUUUCCAUACUUAUCAACCUUAUAACCAUAACAAGUUGGCUUAGAUUAAUUAAAAAAAUAGGUAAAAUUAAAUUGCCUAAGUUAUUAAAAGUAUUAAGUAAUAUAGAUGCGUCUGUAGUCAAUUGGACAUGUGGUAUUUUCGCAACAUUAUUAUAUAUUAUUCUCAGUGCUUUCGUGCAAAUUAAAGGUCGUAUCAAUAUAUUUCAAUUCAUAUUAGCAAGUGUAUUGUACCACCUAGGGGUUUCUGAACAAUUUAUAGACAGCAAGUUAUUUCCUGAUGUACCAGAAUACGUUACUAAGUAUAUCUAA